GCUCGCUGAGAGCUGUGGUGUAAACAAGAAGUUGACUGAAUUUAUGUGACGACAUGUGACGUGGAGCAUUUCAUCUACGCAUGCGUGCUGGAAGACCCACACGUGAAGGCAGCAUGGCGGAGCAACAGGGAAAGUUACAACUGGACCAAGCCCAGGUGAAAAAGGCUGUGUUGGCACUUCAGGCCUUCCUUAAAAGCAAAUCCACUUCAGAAAGCCUACUUCUGAACGAGAGUCAGCAUAUUUCUCUUAUGUUAACACUAUGGAAGAUCCCAAGGAAAGAACAAACCAUUCGCAUUCCUUUACCCCAUGGCAUCCGCAUAGAGAACGGUGAGGUGUGCCUCUUCACAAGAGAUGAACCCAACAUGACGACAGACCAGACAGAGAGGUUUUACAAGAAGCUGCUCACAGAACGAGGAGUCAAGAAUGUCACAGAGGUGAUGCCUUUCAAGGUGUUAAAGACAGAAUACAAGGCCUUUGAAGCCAAAAGAAGGCUGCUUGGCAAUUAUGACCUCUUCUUGUCUGAUGCACGCAUUCGCCGCCUCCUGCCCUCUCACGUUGGGAAACAUUUCUAUGAAUCGAAGAAAGCUCCGUUGUCUGUAGACCUGCAGGCUAAGAACCUGGGCCAGGUUAUGGACCGUCUCAUCCAGGGCACCACAAUAACAGUUGGCAAGAAAGGCCCAUGCUGUAUGGCCCGCGUGGCUCACUCAGGGAUGACCACUGAUGAAAUUGUGGAGAAUGUCUCUGCUGCAAUAGACACAAUCACAUCCAAGCUGGACAUGGUGGAGAAAGGCAAAAUGAUUAAGAUCAUCCACCUGAAGAGCCAGACCUCCGUAGCGCUGCCCAUCUACACCUCUGACCUGACUCACCUUGCUUUGGUGGAGGAGGUGCGGAAGAAUGCCUUUGAUGAAAAGAAGUCCAAGAAGAGAAAGGCCUCAGCAGUGAGCAACGAUACUGAUAUGAAAGACGGCGAAGAUGGAAGUCCGGAAAAGAAAGAGGACGAAGAUGAUGAAGACAUCCCACAGCUAGUUCCUAUUCAGACAAAGGGCAAAAAAGCCAAGCCGGAGGAGUCAACCAAGAAAGGCCUGAAGAAGGUGACCAAGCCAUUGGUAGGCAGAGGGGGGAAACAAAACAAAACUGGACCUGGUAAAAUGACCAAGAAAACGAUGAAAGGCCCCGCACAGAAACAGAAAAGAAAAUCACCCAAGUCCUCUUAAAAACAACCAUCUUUGUUUGUCCUUCUCUUGUCAUCAAAUAAAGACUUGUAACCAACUGCCAGCCUUUGUCACCAUUUAUGUGGCAUGAUGGCAGUCAAUGACCUCUAUGUAAAGAAGCAUGGCAUCAAAAUGCUUUAGGACAUUACACAAUUUCCUAUCCACAUGACAUGGUGCAUACUGUAUGACAGUGUAAUUGUAAUACACGUCAGGACUAAUCCUUUAACAGCAGACAACUGCUGGACUGACUAAAUGGAGACCUAAAUGAAAUGCAGCUACCUGAAUCUGUCUUUUUGUACCAGAAAAAUUCAUCUGGCAAUGUUUGUUCAGUUUAUUUGCUCUGUAAAUAAUAAAAGACAAUAUACUCUU